AGUUAAAUCAGUUACGUCAGAGUAAAGCUCAAUGAUGAGGAAAACCCUUACGCUUACUCUUCGAAUCUCCUCUUUAUCCCGUGAAUGGAAGAAAUUGGAACUUACUUUCUCUGCAACUCUUCCCCAUGGCUAUAAUUUAAGUCUCUCGAGGAGAAGCUAGGGCAUCGCUUACUGUAAAAAUCAUGGCCUUCUAUAACAUUAGAGAGAUUUUGUCUACUGUGAUUUUUUCUUUUUCUGUGGAGGAGUGGUCAUGGCUUCUUGUGAUGGUUUUGAGAGCGGCAUGGAUAGCUGGAACCUUACCUAUACUGCUUUCUUUCAUUCCCUUUUCUUCUUUCGUUCGUAUUCGAAAUGUGGUUUUAGGGUUUGCUAAACGAGGGAAGCUUCUUCAAUCUUCUUCUCAGAGAUUCACUGUUCCACAGAACUUCUUCUUGCAUUUUUACUUAGUGGCAGUUGUAUGGACAGCAGCUUUACUUGUCUGUACUUGGUCCUAUGCACAUGACAUGACAGUUUCAAUGGCAUCAGAAGCGUUGCAUUUUUCGACAGUUGCUAGCCAUUUAACUGGAGGCUCUCAUAUUUUUUCUUUUGAUAAGUCCCGAUCUUCUCAUCCAGAGCUCAGCUAUCAGAUAUGGACGGUUGUAUUUUUACUCUUGAUGAUGGAGGCUCAAGUCUUGAGGCGCUUUUAUGAGUCUUUGUAUGUAUUCAACUAUAGUUCUUCUGCUAGAAUGCGCAUACUUGGCUACUUAACAGGUUUAUUUUUCUAUAUAGCUGCACCUCUAUCGCUUUGCAUCUCUUAUGCUCCAGAAGUGAUCAGAUAUGUAACCCAGCAAGCUGCUAAUUACAUUGUAAAAGGUCGAACUUAUAUGCCAGAUGUCAAGAUUGAUUGGUUGGAAUAUAUUAAGCCAUUUGUACACUUGGGAUUGUUUCAGUGGAUUGGUGCAGGCAUUUUCAUUUGGGGAUGGACUCGUCAGUUUCGUUGCCACACUAUACUUGGAUCUCUCAGAACACAAUCAGAGGAUGAUGAAUAUAAAAUUCCACAUGGCGAUUGGUUUGAAUUUGUCUCGUGCGCACAUUACUUGGCAGAAAUAAUAUUGUAUGCUGGAAUUCUGAUUGCCAGUGGAGGAUUAGAUUUGACAAUUUGGCUGGUUUUCAUAUUUGUGGUAUCAAACCUCACCUUAGCUGCACUAGAAACGCACAAUUGGUAUCUCCGCAAAUUUGAUGACUACCCACGAACUCGUUAUGCCAUCAUUCCACGGAUUGUGUAGUGGAAUGUGUGGGAUGUAUUCAUUGUGCAUUUCGUUUUGCCCUUAUUGAGCGCAUCAUGGAAAGCUGAUAGUGCCCUCAAAUUGCUUGAAGUCUCAAGAAAUAUUUUGAGUCAUUCACAUGCAAAUGGCAGAUCAGUGUGCUUGUCUUGAACUGUGUUCAGGUGUCACAGUUGAUAUAUGAUUUAAAACAUGCUAAGGGCUCUGGAGUCUUAAUCUUGAUGAAAUGUGCAUAGAACGACGACUCAUGGAGGUUAAAAGUUUGUAGUUUCACAAUUUGGGGCUUUUUUUCCCUCAUAGUGGUACAUUUGGCGGGUGUAUUUAGACCAUUUCAUCGGUGAGAAUGGUGUCCUCUCUAUUAUGGCAACAAGCAUUGUUGGAAUGGUAGCAGCUUUCUGUUGGCUAUUGGCAA